UCUUGCUCGCGUGCCCCGGUUCUCUGUGUAAAAUUAGCGGAUCCUGCCGCAGAGAGAAGUGACUGAGUGCGACUUUCUUACCGAUAAGAGGAAAAACGAACGGGAAAUAACGUUCGUAAAAGCUGCUCACCUGGCUGGUAACAGAGAUGGCAGCCAUUCGGAAGAAACUGGUGAUUGUUGGGGAUGGAGCUUGUGGGAAAACAUGCCUUCUCAUCGUUUUCAGUAAAGACCAGUUUCCCGAAGUUUAUGUGCCGACAGUGUUUGAGAAUUACAUCGCUGAUAUUGAGGUUGAUGGAAAACAGGUGGAGUUGGCGCUGUGGGAUACUGCCGGUCAAGAGGAUUAUGACAGGUUGAGGCCACUGUCCUAUCCAGACACAGAUGUUAUCCUCAUGUGCUUCUCCAUCGACAGCCCUGACAGUUUAGAAAAUAUCCCAGAGAAGUGGACGCCUGAGGUGAAACACUUCUGUCCCAAUGUUCCAAUCAUCCUUGUGGGGAACAAGAAGGACCUGCGGAAUGAUGAGCACACUCGGAGAGAGCUCGCCAAGAUGAAGCAGGAGCCGGUGAAGGCAGAAGAAGGCAGAGACAUGGCAAACCGGAUCAGCGCUUUUGGCUACUUGGAGUGCUCUGCUAAGACAAAAGACGGUGUGCGGGAUGUGUUUGAGAUGGCCACAAGGGCGGCUCUACAAGUCCGCAAGAGAAAGAAGAGGAGCGGCUGCCAACUACUGUGAGCAGCUGGUGCGGUGGCCAGUAAAGGCACCAUGAAAUCUAGUGACCAGUGGGAGAGGGGAAAAAACAUGAAAUGGACUGACCCUUUACCAAAUGUCAUUUUGUACUGUAUAUUACAUGUCAUGAUAAGAGGCAAGUAGAUAAACGG